CAAGCUUAAGUUUAAAGUUUCUGUUAAAUAUUCAUGGAAAUGAUUUUUGUACAUAGUCCACUGAGUAUUUUGAAUGUCAGAUUAACUGCUUUCUACCAACUGCAUUCGGAAUCCAGCUGAUAUCAUUUCCGUACUGUGACGGAAACAAUUAUCUUGUGCGUUAAAUGGAUGCUUUCUGUUUAUAUCCUGCCAAACUAGUCUCCUUCAAAGAAUUUAACAGCUUCUUGUUUUAAAACUGUGAAUAAUUAUUACUCUCAGUGACAUUACCAGAUUUAUUUUAAUACUAAGAUAAACAAGUGUUGCUGGUUAGUAACACAUGCCAAAAAUGGUUGUACAGAGAGGAUUAGCUUCUUGGCCAUCAGAGCUAACAGAAGUCCAACGAGAAAUUAUACACUCUAACCAUGAGUUACAUUACGAUUCAACGACUGCACUUGGCACCUCAGUUCAGUUAGAACAGACCACAUUACCACCUCACAACUGUGUGUUACCAGAAGUUCCUGCCCAAGAGAUCCCAAAUGACGAGAAUUUCGUGGAAUGGAGAAACACCUUCAAUAUGCGCCAGGUGAUACUGUCAAACUUGUCAAACAGCCAGAUGGGGUCACGUUUAACAUUUCGACCACAUACACAUCUACCAAUGAAUAGAAUACGCGGGCGAUGCAUCACAAGUGCUGCCAAAUCACUGGAUAUACUCCGACUGAACAUUCAGGCAGCUGUCAACAAAGAGCUUGAUCUUGUAAUAAAGAAGUACCUGGAGAAGUUCUUCCAGCCUGCUGUGGACAAUAUUCGCAACAACCUGGGUGCAGGCUCUGUAACAGAAGAUCACAUCCGUGAAGUAUGCCGUCAGAUUUUGGAAGAUGCGAAGCAAAUGUACUGUAGUGGUCCACAAUCUAGGGGUAGUUCGCCAUCGAAUGAACUUAGUGAUUCAGAAACUGGCAGCAUCAGUGAUCAUAGGUUUGGUAGGCCUGCAACAAGGAGUCCACUGUUGAGAAGAAGAAAGGAAUCCGAUACAGAUUCAGAGACGAGUCAGUCUGCCCGUAGAAAGAGGAGUAAGACAAGGCUUCCAAGUGGGCUCUGUGACCGGACUAUACCUAUAAAAAUACCAAAAAGUGAUUCUAGUCGUUCUGAGGGCUCAAAACUAGACCCAUCUCGAAUACUUAAAGAAACAUUGUUUGUGAUGGGUGCUAGAGCAAAUAAAGUACUAGGGUUUGGACAAACAAGAGGCCGGCUUUAUAUGAAGCAUCCUGGGCUGUUGAGAUACACAGGAGACCAGGAAGACAAGGAGUGGCUGCUCAGGCACAACCUUAUGUCUCCUACAGGAGGGAAGGCCUACAUAAUGAUCCUGGAUGACAUACGAGAACUUGCAGAAACUGAAGAGUAUAGAAACAGCCCAAACUUAUUGCUGCACGAACUGAAAGGCUUUGAGGCACCUGAGUUCAUGCUGAGAAAGAUACGUGCAUUUCUCAACCAUAUGCAGACAGACACGUUAGAUUCAAAGAAAUUAAUGCCUGUAGAUUUUUGUGAUAAUUCACAGACAAACUUUGCUAUGAUACAUGGGCGAUUUUCUCUUGGGAAUGACUGUGUGUCAUCUGCUAUGACACCGCCAGCUACUGUACUGGACUCCGGGCCUCCUACUCCAUCAGAUGCGCUGGAUCUCCUGGACUGCCCAACACUUGCAUCCCAAGGCUCGGACAGCUCUCCUGGCCCCGUCCGCACUUUGGAUUCUAGCCCGUCACUGCCCCUUCAGCAGCAGAUUGCUGGCUACAGCAGCACUCUCUCUGCCUUGCUCGCAGGUCACGUUGGUGGCGACAGUUCACAAGGAGGGUUAGAAUAG